AUGGGUUUCACAAAAGUUCGCAUCGUAUGUGUGUCGGAUACGCAUAAUCGGCGCCCCGGCGAGGGCUACACUCUGCCCAAAGGAGACGUUUUGAUUCAUGCUGGCGACUUCACAAAUCAAGGAAGCCUCCAAGAAGUCAAGAAGGCUGUAGAUUGGAUAUCGAAGGCAGACUUCUCGGUCAAGAUCGUGAUCGCCGGCAACCACGAUCUAUCUUUAGAUCCAGGUUACACGCUGAAGCACGAGGACGGAUGGUCCGUCGUAUCUGAAGAUGUGGAAGCAUGCAGGCAGCUUCUGGUUGCUAAUCCUGACAUUACAUACCUGCAACAUGCCGAAGCUGUGAUACACUUGCCUGAGAAAGGAGUCUCCCUCCGUGUCUUCGGAUCGCCGUAUUCGCCUGAUCGUGGAAAGCAGAAUUGGGCCUUCCAGUACUCGGGCGAAGAUGCUGGUGCCAUCUGGGACAGUAUACCAUCGGGCCUAGAUAUUCUCGUAACCCACACGCCUGCGGCCGGAUUGUUGGAUGCUAGUCAGCAUUGGACUGCAGGAGGUUGCUCAACCUUACGGAGAAUGCUACCGCGCACUAGGCCAAUGCUACACAUCUGUGGGCACUGCCAUGAAGGCAGAGGAGCACUCAUAGUCGACUGGGAGGCGGUCAACGUAGGAGAUGCCGCUGCAACUGUGGCAUGGCGGGAUCCAGGCGCCCAGAACAAAAAGCAAUCGUUGGUCGACCUCACUGGAAGAUCCUCAGAAGUCCCUUCGCUCAAGCCUGGACAGACUGCGAUGAUCAAUAGCAGCAUCAUGUCGACCUCACAUAGCAAGCAUGGCACGUCGCCUUCUUGCAACAAGCCCAAUGUGGUCGACGUGAUGUUGGACGUGCCGCGCGACAACGCGUCCUCGGGUAAGGCGGCGUGA